GGUGUAUCACGUCACGGCGUGUGCCCGGUUAAUAGGGAGACCAGGGCAACCGGGCAGAGCAGCGAGAUGGCAAUCAAUAGGUCAGCUCAUGAUGCCAAUGGUGCGGCAUUCGCAUCACGUUACUCAUAGCCCAAAAUGGCGGCCCGUUUCUGUCUUGGAUGAAUGGGUUGCAAAGGAAGCCCGCCCUAUUAGUCUGCGGCAGCUCAUGGUGUUCGGUCGCACCUUGGCUGAGUCGAGGUUGAUAAGCUCGGCGAACUAUGUUCGGACCGAACUGCCAACGAGGAUCGCCCACCGAAUUCGCGACAUGCAGCAGCUGCCGUAUGUGGUUGUCACGAACCCACACGUUAACGAGGUCUACGACCUGUAUUACACUGCAUUUGAUACGUUCCGGAAAGUAAAGGAGAUCAAAACGCUGGAAGACAAUGAUCGCUUUUGCAAGACGAUACGCUCCAUGCUCAAGGCUCACUUAACCGUCAUCCCCAAGCUGGCAAUGGGCAUUCUGGAGAGCAACGGUCUCAUGGACUCGGCCGAGCUAGACAAGUUCAUGAACACCAUCCUCCGAUCUCGCAUCUCUCGCCGCGUCAUCGCGGAGCAGCACCUCGCACUAACAGAGACCUUCCACGCGCCGUGGUUCUCCCCGGGGGCCAAGCUCUCCGAGUCGGAAUUCAUCGGCGCCGUCUUCCUCAAGUGCGUCGCCAAAGACGUAGUCACGCGCUGCGGCAACGCCGUCCGCGAGAUCCUCCAGCGCGCGUACGGGCCGGACGUGGCCCUGCCCGAGAUCCGCAUCGACGGCCACCUCGACGCCAACUUCCCCUACAUCCUCAGCCACCUCGAGUACAUCAUUGGCGAGCUGCUGCGCAACUCGGUGCAGGCCGUGGCCGAGCAGCACCAGCGCCGACGAGACAAAGACCCAACCUACUCCCACAAACCGCCCCCGCCCAUCGAGGUCACCAUCUGCGAGAGCCAGCAGCACGUCAUCAUCCGCAUCUCGGACCAGGGCGGCGGCAUCCCGCGCGAGAGCCUGCCCUACCUGUGGUCCUUCAGCAAGGGCCCCGCGAGCGGCAAGAUCCUGGCCAACCUCGGCAAGGUGCCCAAGAUGGCCGCCACCAUGCAGGAGCUACAGCUCGAGGAGGACGAUGACCACCACCACAACAACCGCGAACGCGACGAUGACGACGACGACGACGGCCACGAGAACCGCAGCACCUCGGUCGAGGGCGGCGAGAUCGGUCGCGAUGUUAAUAGUUCGCUGGCUUCGCUGUCUAGCCGGCCGCCGAACCUGCGCUUGGGGAUGGGUCUGCCGCUGAGCAGGGUGUAUGCCGAGUAUUGGGCGGGGAGUCUGGCGCUGCAUAGCCUGGAGGGGUACGGGGUGGACGCGUUUUUGCAGAUCUCCAAGCUGGGCAACAAGAACGAGCAGCUGACGACGAGGGCGACGAUGGAUGCCGUGUAACUAAACCUUUAAGGGCAAGGGAGGCAGGCGUUGGUGGGCCAUGUUUUUGUUUCUUGGAAUGUGCACUCGGGGUCAGUGUUCAACCUGGUUUUCUCCUUGGCUGGGCGGGCGUUCUCUUUAGCACGUUUGUAUAUAGUCGCUAUCGUCUACGAAGACGGCUUGUUUCCAAUCAACACAGGGCUUCCGUG